AUGGAUCCAACCUCCCAGAAGCGUCCUCUUGAUGGAUCACCUUCCAAACCACACUACAGUACACGCACCGUGACCAAUUCCAUCCACAAGAAACCGCAAGUACUUGUUCAGCCGCGGUUGAAGCCAGUACCGUGGACGCUUGCCGACGCGCAGACCGCGGUCAAGCCUUUACCGUUGCGGGCCGUGGACGACGCGGAGGCCGCAGACUACUUUCUGACAGAAGACCAUCCGUUCAACCGCCGUGGCUUUAAAUACAAGCCGUGCCGGCCGAACCCGCAACUCGAGUCGUCGCUCUACUCGACGUCGGACUUGCCGCCGUAUGCUGCGCGCGUAUCAUACUUUGACCGUUCGCAGGCGGUGACGACAGAUGUGUCGCUCUCACGCGUCACAACUGCACAAGGCUGGCGGUCCGCACGCGCAAACGUGUGUGUGCGUGAGGGCGCGUGGUACUUUGAGUACAAGAUCGGCCAGGCGAAUGAGAAGCUGUGCAAGGCACACGUGCGCAUCGGAAUAGGUCGCAAGGAAGCGUCAUUAGAUGCCCCUGUGGGUUUUGACGGGUACAGUUACGGGCUCAGAGACGCCACAGGCCAAAAGGUGCACUUGAGCAGACCGUCAGAGUUCAUGAAGCCUGGUUUCAAAACUGGCGAUGUGAUCGGGAUCCUCGUCGAGUUGCCCUCGCUUGAUACCCAGCGAGAAAUUGGCAACGCGUUUUUGAAGGCCAACCCGCCGCAACAGACCUCCAAGCGCGCCCGAACCAAGGCCACCGCGCCGCCACCGCUGACCCUCGAACUCAACAUUGUGCGCGACCAGAUCCCCAUUCGUUACAAAUCAAACAUUUUCUACGAACAGUACGAGUACACCGCGACACAGCAGAUGAACCACUUGCUCAACCCCGUGACGGUUUUCGGCGAAAAGGCCGUGCCGGACACGGAAAAGUACCAGCCCACAGCGUUGCCGCGGUCGGCGAUGACGGUCUACCGCAACGGCACACGCGUCGGCCAGGCGUUCGAGAGCUUGUACGCGUUUUUACCGCCGUUUUCGCAGCAGAAUGGCCAGAAGGACAAGCUCGUGGACGACGGGUCGUUGGGGUACUAUCCCAUGAUGUCUGUGUUUAAGAACGGGGUCGUCGAGCUCAAUCCCGGGCCCGAGUUUUCCGCUGCGGAUGACGAGUUGAGAGCCAGAUUGGCAAACAAGGAGGUCCGGCCGUUAUGUGCCCGAUACGUUGAGACGGUUUGUGAUAGUGUGUUGUGGGAUUUGGUCGACGAGGUUGAGAGCCAGUACUUGGAUGUCUUGGAAGAGCAGAGAUAA